UCUCUCGGAACUGACAGGAGCGAGGCAGUUGCAACCUUGAAAGGCAGUCUUACCCACUGUUGGCGUCUGUUGAUUAUUCUUGUGAUGAGAUAGAAUCUGCCGGAUCCUUCAUCAUGGAUUACAACAUUCGCCAGCGCAUGAGAGGUACCAAGGGUUGGAUGCUUAAAGGGGAACAGUUUGAGGCAAUUGCAACAGUGAUUCUACGUGUUCCUGGCUACUUCAUCCUUGACUAUUGGUACCAGAAUGAUAUCCGCAACUGUAUCCCCAGAUCCUUGGCUUGGGCUGAUGUUGUAUCUUCUGGCUUUGCAAUAUUUGCUGUCAUCCAAGGAGUGUUGGUCCUGCUGCUGCCACUAGAGCAGUUGGUGACACUGUAUAUGCAUUAUCUUACUAUAGCAGUGCUGGCAGCAGCAGAUACUUUUUCUAAUUACUAUAUUGAGGGAGAGAAGCUUCUUGUGAACCAGUGGCCAGAUUAUGGUACUGUCAGCUUUCAGGGCUUCUCAAAUAUGCUGAUGUUACAAAAGUCAUUGUUUGACCCAAACAAUGACAUGGAGACCUUAUUCCUGAGACAACAAGUGGCUGCCAUAGUGUUUCAUACACUUGUGGCUACAUUUGUAACAUUCUUCCUGGACUUGGAUUGCAACAAGGAUAAGAUCCUUCUACUAGUAUAUCUUGUCCCAGUCUUUGCAAGACUUGCUGGGUUUCCAGUUACAGAACUACAUUUGACACACAACUUUGCUUCAUGCUUUGUGAUAUUUUUGACAGUUCAGUAUAUUUUCCUUUGUGUUCCACAUGUAUUCAGAUUUCUGAAGCAUGUCUAUAGUUCUUUAGUAGUAAUGCUUGAACUGUAUGGACCACUGGGAGUUGUGAUGACACUCUGGAGUAGACUUUUUGUUCCUAUACAGUUACUUCUCUUCUGGUUGAUGCUCUUCACAACUCAACUUUAUAAUCACUAUCUCCCAUCCCAAGAAACAGCCAUAGCAGCAAAAUCAUCAACUCUGUCUUCACAAAACAUUGCUUCAGUGACAAGUGGAGGAACAGUAACAUCACCAAGUGCAACCUCAACAGUGGGAGGAACAUCAUCUGGAGAGAUGUGGUAUUUGGUGUUUGUGCAGAGUGCGGCUGAAGUGUGUUAUACACCACUUAUGUUAGCUGGCACUUGUGUAGCUGUGUCUUAUGCUUCAAGGUUAAUUCUAGCUCUUACUAGAGCUUAUACAGCUGGGCCAGGUGCUGCACCACUGCCAGAUGAUCUUGUCCACUCAGGGUGGACAGAAGGGGUCACAAUGGCCUUGCUGGCAGUACAGACCUCAUUGUUGAGUAUGGCCAUGCCAGAGAGGUUGGCAGUGCUGUCAAUUAUUUUGUUGAUUGUUGUCUCUUCUCUUGUGCAAAGUAUGUAUGAGUUGGUGGAACCAGUAGUUUUAGCCCUUAGUGCCCAAGGAGUGGCAUCCAUAUCAAGGCAUGUUCGGGCUGUAUCAGCGUGUCUGCUUUUAUUGUUCUUGCCACUGUAUAUGGUUUACAUGUUUACACUAAUAUUUGAACAAGACUUUUGGCUUUUGUUAGUUGUGUCCACCUGCAUCAUGACUUCUGUACAAGUAUUAGGGUUGUUGGCUACUUAUGUACUCCUUACUUGGGAUGCUGUCUGUGCACAGCCUUGGCCAGGUUUAGAUGAUCUAGUUUAUUACACUCGUGCUACAACAAGGGUGUUUGAGUUCAUAGUUGCUGUAUUUGUUGUUGGAGCAGGGGGAAAAGAAUCUAUUACUGGUCAGUGGUCAUGGAUCAAUGCUGUUGUACUGCUUAUUCAUUGCUACUUUAAUGUCUGGCAGAGACUCCAACAGGGAUGGAAGAGUUUCCUUUUAAGGUUAGAGGCAGCUAAAAAGAUAUCAGCACUACCUGAAGCUUCUGUAGAACAAUUACAGAAUUACAAUGAUGUAUGUGCAAUCUGUUAUGCAGAAAUGUCCACAGCCAGGAUCACACAUUGUCAGCACUAUUUCCAUGGCCCUUGCCUUCGUAAGUGGUUGUAUGUACAAGACAAAUGCCCAAUGUGUCAUGCACCAAUAACUUUAAAGGAUGCAAAUUCUGAAAUUAAGGCAGGGCUUAGGCAAGAAGAUGCUGAACCACCACCACCAGAUUCCAUUGAGACUGAACUUGGGGCAAAUAUUCCUAUGCCUGAUGAGGGUGAUAAUGAAGAUAUUAGCCUCCUUAAUACAGAUGACGAGGAGGAAGAGUCUGAAGGUGCCCUUGAAGCUCAAGAUUCUGAUGAGGAUAAUGGGGAUAUACUAGCUGAAGACGCAAAUAUACAGCAGCAGAUGUAGUCCUAAAAUAAGAGUUUGAUAGUGUAAUAUCCAUUGAUACAAUUAAUAUUUUCCAGAAACAAUGGUUUAACAGAAUAAAUAUAAUAUUUACAUUAAAUAUAGAUAUGUAUAUAAAGGGUAAUGUAUUUUUUGGUAAAGUAAUUGGGAUAUGUUAUAUCUGUUCUGUUAGAUUUGUUUUACUAUUUGGUGCAUCUUUAGUGUUGAUGUCAUGAAUCCUAAAUACCUUAAUAUCAAUAUUUUUUAUGCCAUAACUGGACAUUUUUUUAUGGAAAUAUUUUUCUAGAUUUUUUUUUCAAGUCAUUAUCUUAGAUAAGAUUAAAAGUGAGCAUGAAGACUAAAGAGGCACAAGUGAAAAUAUUCACAUUUUUCAUUUCAUGAAUGUUAGUUUUGGUAUAUGGAUGAAGGUAUGGGUUUUUAGAAGACUUUAAUCAUCAUGUUUGAUGACUGAAGAGUAAGUGACUGAGGAGAAAAAAAAAAAACCUAGUCAAGAUUAUGAAACUACAAUUUUUCACUUAUUCCGAGUACUUGGUUAUAUGACCUUCAUAUGUGUGUGAGGACACUUUGGGAUGUCAUUUUUACUGGGAUUAAGAUCCUCUCAUAAUAUCCUUCAUCUGAAGACCUCUCUGAAAUGUGUUCCAUGGCAGUCUUCUCUUUACACCUGGAUGUAUUCAUGUGAUGGAAACAAACAAAAAAACAAAAA